AUGGCAGAAAUUACAGGCUUGAGUCUAAUCCAUCCAGGUGACGAAUUUGGCAGUCAAGCUCAUAGUAUCGUCGAUAUAGUGUUCGUACACGGACUUCAAAGCGCAACCACUGCUAGGUCUUGGGACAAUGAGAAGGGACCAGAAAGGCUCUGGUUGUAUGAUCUUCUUCCUGAAAGCUUACCCACUGCGAGAAUUUUUAAUUUUGUCUACCAAAGUGACGCGGUUUCCCUUGUCAACUCGAAAGGGUCUGUCAUCUCAACUUAUGCUGAAAGCUUGCUCGAAUCUCUCACAGCCUUUCGAGCCCCACACCAAGAGGCUAGUCUAUUUCUAUCUCGCGUUGCUCCACUGCGACCUAUUGUAUUUCUUGCCCAUAGUCUUGGGGGCCUUGUCGUCCAGAAAGCCUUGAUUGCCGCGUCAACAGGGGCUCGAGCCGAUUUUUUCUCCAUCGAGCGUUCUACUGCUGCUAUACUGUUCUUUGCUACACCUUGUCAUACAGAUCACAAAGGUAUCAUCAACAUCCUCCGCUAUUUCUCGGGUGUGAGAAAAUUUCAGGGAAUCAGUGAAGAAUUCGUAUGCGACUCUCAAUUUCAGCACAAUCUAAACGAUACCUCUGCACAGCUAAGACAAGUUCAAGAGGACUUUAAGCACCUUCGGCUUCAGGAGUCCUUUAAAUUCAACACUUAUUCUUUCUAUGAGGAGCUACCUGUCGCGAACUUUGGAAUGGUGGUUGACGGUACAUCAUUGAAAAGUUUUUCAAAUAGCGCUCUGCUUCAUUCAGACCAUCAAACAAUCUGCAAGUUCACAAGUGUCGGUGAACCAAACUUCAAGCGAGUAUUAGCAACACUCAAUAUAAUCCUCAACCCAAGCGCAGAGUGCGUACCGAACCUGCAAAAACAUCAGCAAGAAAUACUUCGUUGGCUGGCAACAAAGAGAUCACAAAUUGCCAUCUCUACAGCACCUGGAUCCGGCAAGUGGCUUUUGGAAAAUCGAGAGUUCAGGUCAUGGCUAUCGAGUGACCAAAAUUCUAUCUUGUGGAUCCAAGGAAGCCCUGGUGCUGGCAAAUCAACACUCGCUGCCAACUUUGUGAAAGAAUUUAAAAAUCACUCUUUGGAAGACCGGCCCGCGAUUUUUCUCUAUCAUUUUUUCCAUUACGGAUCCCCUGAAACUUCCGCGAAUGACCUCCUGCGCUCUUUGAUCUUCCAAAUCAUGUCAAAAGAUUCGAGUUCCUUGUCAGAUCUGAUUUAUUUGCUUGACCAAAAGCGAAAUUAUUAUCACAAGGUCGAAGAGCCCCGCAAUAGCUGGGGAGAGUGGAUUUCUCAAGCGGUACUCACAGAGGAAUUUCUAGCAACAUGUUUAGAAGCAGCCGCCAAAGCCCAUCGAUUAUAUAUCAUCAUUGACGCCCUAGAUAAAUGCCCCAACGGGGAGAUAUCUUCCGUUAUUUCUCUUUUGUAUUUUUUCAGUUCGAUUGUCUUGGAAAAUCCAAUCAAAUUAUUCAUUACAGGUCAGCCUGGUUUGAUGUACGAAGAAGCACUCUCCGAUUUACCACAUCAUAAAAUCGUUCUAGAGAAUGAAAACCAAACCGACUUACAACAAUUCGUCUCCUACAAAAUGUUAACAAAAUUUCCAGAUUUUCCCAAUCAGAAGCAGGUCUCCAAUACAUUAUUAGAGCGAGCAUCUGGUACUUUUCUUUGGGUCAAACUUGUCAUACAUAAUCUACGAGAGUUUACACAUUACGAAGAGAAUGACACCAAAAUAUCAAUUUCCCGAGUUCCCACAAGCUUAGAUGAUGUAUAUAACGCCAUUUACGAAUUUGUACUUCGGGCGGAGUCAAGGGCUGCACUGAGACUUCUAGGUUGGGUUGUGUUUGCUAGACGGCCGUUUUCGCUGAGGGAAUUGAAAGUUGCUUUGGACGUCUAUCAACGGUCAAUACCAGCAUCAAGUCAAAGCUCAUGGCAUAUUACUCAAGAUCAAUCACUAUCGCCAUACCGAGCUAGUAUUGAUGUUCUAAUCGCAACCUGUCAUGGACUAUUAGAGGUUGAAGGACCGGAUGGAAUUGUUUCCCUUGGUAUUCUGAUGGCCAAAUACUUUAACAACACGCACAUUUCUAUUGCCGAAGUAUGCGUCACCUAUUUGGCAAUUAGAUCUCUCGACGACAAAUCAGGUGUAAAUUUUGAUCUCGACAAUUCCGGUUUCUUGCAAUAUGCGGUCGUUCACUGGGUCGAACAUGCAAGAGCAGCUGAUCGCUCUGGCGUAUCGUGUCAGGUUCUUUUCAAAAGUUUGGAUUCGUUGUCCCCAAAAUUUCUGAAAUUUUGGAUUACCCAAUAUCAAAUGCAUGUAAACUCAAGGAGUUCCUCGAAGUACAUGCUAGAAGGAUGGACAGCUCUCCACAUUUCCGCUGCUUUUGGAAUUUACAAUCUUGUUGAAACUAUUAAAGAAGUCGGAGAAGUACAGAGCUUUGAUACCAGAGACGCGUAUGGGCGUACUGCCUUAUCCCUGGCCGCUGAGAAUAACCACGUAUCUGUUCUUCAACUUCUCCUAGAAACAGGAGCAAGCAUCACCACUCGAGACAAUCUUUAUGGUCUUACUCCACUGGAAUGGGGAGCUUUACAAGGCAAUGUUGAAAUAGUCAAGAUACUUAUGGAAAAAGCGGUUUCUUGGUCCGGCGCUUCCUUACUUUCUAUCGCGGCAGCAAGAAGACACGUGUCGCUUGUAAAAUUCCUACUGGAGAAAGGUGCCAAUAUUAACUCCAUAGAUCAGUAUUGGGGAUGUACGGCUCUUCACCUUGCUGCCGGGUAUGGGCAUACAGCUAUUGUAUUUCUACUUCUUGCCCGUGGUGCCGACCCGAAUAUUAUCGAUAGGUCUAAGGGGCACACGCCGCUAUACUAUGCGAUAUACAAGGGUCGACACGAAACAGUCAAGGUUUUGCUGGAUUAUGGCGCCAGAAUGGGUGAACCAUCUAAGAAAUCAUUUGCAUUGACUGAUACACCCCAAUCUACUUCUUGGCCUGAUAGGGUUGGUAGAUCAAUUUUGGGAGAUCUAGCAAUCAGACUACGCACUUGCACGCAAGGGUCGGAGGCUAAUGGACAGUCAAGUUCUGGUAAUUUCAAUAAUGGCACUUCUGGAAACUCUGGUAAUGGACGUAAGAAAAGAUCACAUCAGGACUUUCAAAGUGACGGUUCUGGUGGAAAUGGUGGCUUUGGCGAUGGACCCAACAAACAACCUGCGUUAGAGCCCACUUCUUCAAAAAAUCCUGCUAUGAGUGAUCUUGGGUUAAAUCUUGCUUGCCCCUACUUUAAGCAUGAUCCGGGAAGAUACGGAGCCAGCAGGGCUUGCCGUGGGCCUCCGGGCUACCCAGAUAUCAACAGACUAAAGCAGCAUCUGUACAAGGCACAUUCACUAAAGAUAUGUCGAAGAUGUCAUUUGAUUUUUAACGAUGAGAUUGAGCUCCAAAACGAGAUUGAGCUCCAAAAGCAUUAUGAUUCUCUAGUAUGCGCUGCGAUGUUUCAACGGGACUACGCCGAUGGCUUUGAUGAAUCUCAGCGUGAUAAGCUCAAAAGGCGAACCGAGAAGAGGAACCACCCGGACAAGGCGCAGUAUUGGGCAGCGGUGUACAGAAUACUAUUUCCAAACACCGAUGAUGCAAACAUGCCAACACCAUGGCAUGAGGAAAACAUAAACAGAAGGCAAUAUGACGAGUCUUGUGCUCUUUCGCGACUUCAGGAUCCCACCCUCCGGAACGAACUUUCCCAACAUGUUCAAAGCCAAGACGCAAUCAGUGCUAUAUUAAACAUCAUCAACAGGCAUCAAACCGAAUCUUCCAGGACGAUCACUAUUGGAACGAUUCCGAGAGGAUCUUCGCAAUUUCCAGAGCGACAGCAUCCCAGGACUUCUCAGAAUGACUUGUAUCCACAACCACCUCUUGGACGAAAUCUACUUGGUCAUGACAACAUUACUAUGAUGCCUUUCGAUUCCUCGCUACCUGACUUCAUGAUGGAGCCUUCCAGUGACUCUGGCUUCUACGAAGGCUAUUCAAUUGAUGAUGAAUUUAUCCGGGGUACUCUAACGGAGGCUACUGGAUCCAUGACGGGGGAGCACGAAACUGCGAUAAACGCGACAAUUCUGACCCAACACCAUUUACGAACUCCCGGAGCGCGGAUAAAUAGCGAGAAUACAACUCAAACUCAGCAAGUACAUGCCUCAAGCGAAAAUCCUUUAAGUGCGUCCAGCCUUCACAAUAUCUUUGAUCUGGAUCAAAAUCAGUAUUUGCAACUACAAAAAGAUCCCAUCUUUAACAACUACCAAGAACAAGACCAUAACACAGAUGCAGAAGAUAACAGCACCUGA